ACCAUCGCCGUGGCCUGGGGUGCAGGAUGCGCACAGCCUCCUCGCCGUGUCCGGGGGCACUUGCUAGGAAAGGGCUUCUGUUGACUGAUUACAACAGGAGCGGUCUGGGGCAGGAGCGAUGGCCCAGCACUUAAGAGGACCGACUGGUCUUGCAGAGGACCCGGGCUCGAUUCCCAGCACCCACACGGUUGGCUAACCACCGUCCGUAACUCCAGUUCAGGGGAUCCAGUGCCUUCCUCUGACCUCCGUGGGCCCUGCACGAGAGGGGCCUGUGGGGUGGGUUUCUGGAGCCCCAUUAGUAGUAACACUUCCACGGCAUGAACAGAGACCCUAAAGUCAGGGAGGACAAGUACCCGUGAGGGUGAGGGCCACACCAAAAGCAGUCAGAGGAGCUGGCCUGUUGCUAUGUCACAACUUAUCUUAACAUGCUACUACAUGGGCAUGUGCUUUGCAGCCUCAGAGAAGCAGCUCUACUCACCCCAUCAGGCCCCGGAGGCCUGGCAGGUCUUCCUUCUCCUGGCUGUGACUCUCUUCUUUAUGUGCUGUGCCCUGAUUUACUACUGGUCCCAGGACAGGUGGGCCCGACACCCACUGGCCAGAACCCUAGCCCACUAUGCUCUUCCACAGUCAGGCUGGCAGGCAGUUGCCUCUUCCAUCAACACAGAGUUCCGGCGGAUUGACAAGUUUGCUACUGGGGCACCUGGUGCCCGUGUGAUUGUGACAGACACGUGGGUAAUGAAGGUGACCACAUACCGUGUGCAUGUGGCUCAGCAACAGGAUGUGCACUUGACUGUAACAGAGUCUAGGCAGCAUGAUCUCUCACCAGACUCAAACCUACCUGUGCAGCUCCUUACCAUACGAGUAGCAAGCACCUGCCCUGCUAUGCAGCCUUUUGAUAUAAGGCUGAACUCAGCAGAGUAUGGCGAACUAUGUGAGAAGCUCCGUGCCCCCAUCCGCAGUGCAGCCAACGUUGUCAUCCGCCAGAGCCUGGGUGACCUAUUCCUGGAAACAUUUGCCUCCCUGGUGGAGGUCAACCCAGCCUAUUCAGUGUCCAGUAGCCAGGAGCUUGAGGCCUGUAUAGGCUGCAUGCAGACACGGGCCAAUGUGAAGCUGGUGAAAACCUGCCAGGAGCCGGCUGUGGGCGAGUGCCAACAAUGUUACUGCCGCCCCAUGUGGUGUCUCACUUGCAUGGGCAAGUGGUUUGCCAGCCGCCAGGACCCCCAGCGCCCUGACACUUGGCUGGCCAGCCGUGUGCCCUGUCCCACUUGCCGUGCACGAUUCUGCAUUCUUGAUGUCUGUACUGUGCGCUGAACAUCACAGCAGAUUUUGUACCUCCAUUAGCCACAUAUGGGAGUAGAGCUCCUGGGCCUUGGCAAAGGGCUCUAGUCAAAGCAUAUACCUGCAGCGGUUCUCCGCCUUGAGCCUGAGCCUGUGGUAGGCUGAGGAAUCUGAUUUAAAAGAAAUUCUCAUGGAAAUGCCCUGUCCCUGGAGCCUUCAGCACCUUCAGGUGGAGGUUGGUACUCCACAGAAUGCUCCAGAGCCCCAAGACCCUGAGAUUUGGCCCAACACCCUCUCCUGGCCACUUUGCCUUAACUUUAUUACGGGUUGUACUUGUCCCCAGUUAACAAGUUAGGCCCACAUUUGUUCCAGGCCCUUUGAUGUUGAAUGGAAGCUGAUAGUUGAGGGGUUCCCAUGUGCCUUCUCUAGUUCUUCCUGGUGGCUGCAGCCAGGCAAUGGCCCACUCCUAGUAGGGAGGCCGAGCAGCCACCUAGGGCCAGGCCAGGGUGCCUCUCCCCAUCCUAGUCAACUGUGGGGGUUGCCCACAGCCCAGAGGCCUUAAGUGCGUUCUUGCUUCCCCACUCCAGGGCAGGCCAACAUCUCAGCCGCCUAGCCUAGGGAGGGAUCUUAGGGAGCCACAGCACCACCCAGCAAGUGAGCCUACCAGGACUGCUGCACAGGAUCAGCCACUGCCCUUGCAGGUUGCCUGGAUCCGGAGAGGACCUCGCUG